UAACAGAAGCGGUGUUAGAUUAUGCAUAUAUGUAUUUCGCAAGUUGUUACAUUGUGCUGAUUGUGCUUUAUUAAGAGGGACUGCUAUCCGCGUUUUUUUUUUCUUGCUGCAUAACGAUAUAACUAUGCAAAUAAAUGGAUGCCUGAUUGCGCCCCACUCUUCCCGCAUUAUUGCCGCAGCACACGUUUAGCGCACCGGAUACGGAUGCCUGAAAUUCGCAUUACAUCGAUACCAAACGUAACGCGACGUAACCGUCGCGUUAAAGCAACAAGCCGCGAGAUUAGAAUGUUUAAUUGAGCGUGCCGAGUACGUGUAUAAUAUAAGUGUUUGCGUGCGUGUGGUGAUGUUCCUGAUGAUGCAGAAUCGUGAAUGGCGUAUGAAUGACGAGUUCUUCGAGAACCGUGCGCGACGGAGUGGGUCUUUAACGUGCUCUUUAACGCUCGCUUGCAUUUAGGAGCGAAACAACGCGUUUUUCUCUUACGAGAGGAGGGAAGUGCACGAAGGAGCGAGAAAAGGCGCGCGCGUGAUACGAAUACGAAGAAUUCGUCACCGGAGGUCGUCGCAGUUACGAGCGAUAAGCUCGCGGAUAUUGACGGCAACCGUGCGAUGCAUCGCUCUUGUACGGCGCGUAAAUGCGAGGCGCAUUCGCGUCGCAUCCAUCCGCGUCUGUCACGGUCCGCUGCCGCCGUCGCCGUCGCUGGCCGUCGCGUCGCGCCGUCGAUACCGCCGCUGGGCCGCGGUUGAUCGGAGCUGAGCGGUGGAAGCGGAUGCGAGGAGUCCUUUCGGCAUCGCGACGCGGCGCUCAACGUCUCGACGACCUUCCGGAGGCGGAAGGAAGAGCGCGAAGAGCGGGACCGGCCGGUGGAUUCCACCUCCACCUCCGUCGGCGUGUGCCCUACUGUCACGAGGAGCCUCCUCAGUCACACGCCACGGGGUUGAGAAGGCGGACGCGUUCGUGCUCCACGUGCUCCUCUCGACCUCGACGCCCCGACGUGCGUCGCGUCGCGGAGGAAGGAGAAGCUCCUCGGCCCCCUCUCCCCUCCUCAUCUCGCGCCCGCGAACUAAUUAAUCAGAGAAAUAAAUAUUCGCCGUGUGCGGCCGCGAUCGAUCGAUCUGCCGUCGAUCGCUCACUUUUUCUCGUCGAGCUGGCACAACUCGUAUCCAACACGCGACUUUUCCCGCUCUUUCCACCCCUUUGAUGACGCGCGCACGACGCGGAUGACGCGAGAGAGCGGAAUCAGCGAUUAUUAAUUAACUGUAUCGAGAUUGGUAACUGGGUGGAUUUCUCUUGAUACCGAAUCACGAGAACGCGCCGAGAGUCAUAUAGUGUGUUUCUUCAUUCGCUUGCGGUUUGAGACUAUUAAAAGAAUAUUGAAGAAUCGGAGAGAUAAUGGCGAUAUGAAGUGGAUGUGAAGUACGAAACGCGGCGGCUUCUUCGCUCCGCCUCGUGUCGACGCGAAAUUCGCGUGACACGCAGUCUCUAUUAGAUGAUAUCGCACGGAAAUCAUCUCACGCGUAAUUCCGACUUCGUACAAACGAGUAAUGGACGAGAAACGCGGCUGACGUAUCACGCAACGAGUGAGCGAUCGGCGUAUCGAUCGUUUCUCCUUUGUUCGUUCUUUCGUUAAUUCUCUCGGAUAAAAAUCGGAAGCCGGAAUCCUUUUGGUGUAAAAUCGGAAAAGAAAACACAAUCUGGAAAGAGUAAUUGUAAAACAAAUUGAGAGGAAUUGAUUGAUUCGGGUAAAAAGAAAAGACGAAGUGCACACACCAGAUGUGCGUGGUCGGACGGAAACUGUCAUGUAAGUUUCGUGCACGAAAUUGAAAUGUGGCAUGUGUUCCGAUAAUUCUUUCCGAGAGAUCUUGGUGAUGAUCUCUUGCUCUUUAAAUUGGAAUCGGUGAAAUCUUUAGUAAUUUCAGUGCUAUACUUAUAACUAUGUCAAUCAGUGAUAACUUAUAAUUAUGUCAUACAUGCACAUGGUUUUUUGGUGACAGUACAAUUCCAGUCAGUGAGAAUACCCCAUCCUUUUUGCCUCUUAGGGUCAAUCUACAAUAAGAGUGGUAUGAAGAACGAUUCGGAGAGCAAGUCUGUGGAUGACAAAUGUCGGCCUUCGUCUCUAAUGUCUCGCGAACGAGAACUUCGGCGAACGAAUUAAUUUUCGACGCGAGCGAGAAUAGCACGUGCGAAUCCAAAACGUAAAAAUAGAAGCGUGGAAAUUGAUCUAACGAAAUUUCUCACAGUCAUUUCUCUUUCGGCACGAAUGUACGACGAAGCGCACGUGGUGCCUUCCUGUUCGGGACGUCGCGCGCCAAGUAUCCGCGAGGUAUUAAUAAGACGCUGAAGAUUUAAGAGAUAUCGAACGUAUUUGAAGAAGCAAUGACUGUCGCUUGUACCGGCUGGAAAGUGUCGCGACUGCCGCACGAUUGCCCCGACCGAUCUCGCACCGCGGUGUAGCGUCAUGCUUCGAGAUCGCGAGGGAACGACGAGGAUGAUCAUCGCGCAUCCCCUCGGACGGCGCGAAUAAGAUCGUCGAUCGCCGCCGCGGUGCCCCCGCAAUGCUCGUCGCAAUGGGAUUUUCGUCGUACGCGACCGACCCAUCGUACGACGACUUGAACUACACGGCCGUUGGGCCGACGAACGCGUCGUCCGUGGACGCGCAACUCAAUCUACCGUACACCGUCUGCGAGAUUCUGGUCGCGAUCUGCGCCGUCUUCGGCAACGGCCUGGUGAUCAUCGUUUUCGGCAAGGAGCGGAAGCUACGCAGACGCACCAACUACUACAUCGUCUCGCUGGCCACAGCCGAUCUGCUGGUCGGCCUGUUCGCGAUCCCGUUCGCGAUCCUCGCGAGCAUCGGCCUGCCGACGAAUCUGCACGCCUGCCUGUUCACCGUGUCGGUCCUCGUGGUCCUGUGCACCAUCAGCAUCUUCUGCCUGGUGGCGGUGUCCAUCGAUCGUUACUGGGCGAUACUGCAUCCCAUGGGAUACUCGCGCACCGUACGCACCAAAACUGCCAUAGGUAUAAUAUGCGUGUGCUGGGUAGCGGGCACCCUGGUCGGCUUUCUACCGCUUUUUGGAUGGAACGCUGGCGAGAUGGACGACCACGGAUGCAUGUUCACGAACGUCAUGGACUACGACUACCUCGUGUUCCUGUACUUCGCUACGAUCAUCUUCCCCGCCCUGCUGAUCGCAGCUUUCUACGCCCACAUAUACCGCGUGAUCGUAAGACAGCUACAGCAAAUCGUCACGAUGGAUCCCAGCGGCCCAGGUGGCCGCGGCGGUACCAUUCGUCGUGUUCUGCAUUUUGGCGGCCGCGUGGGCGGUGGCCAUCACCAGACGGGGACGAUGCUGCGUUGUCUUGGCGCGGCGCGUAAACGAGAGGUCAAGGCCACGCAGAAUUUAUCCCGCAUCGUCGUCUUCUUCAUCGUCUGUUGGUUCCCGUUGUACACGAUAAACUGCGUGAUGGCUUUCUGCCCGCAGUGCGAGGUGAACGACUUCUUCAUGAAGUUCUGCAUCAUCCUCUCGCAUAUCAAUUCGGUCGGCAAUCCGCUCCUCUACGCCUACCAUCUCAAGGAUUUUCGCAUCGCCCUCAAGAACUUCGUCUGGGGGCUGCUCUUCCCGCACAGCGACGUCAAAUCCAGCGUGAUCAGCGUGAUCCACGACCGGGGUUCCUUCGUCGGUUCGCAGAGACAACUUCAGAGGCGAUUCAGCGGCUUCGAUCAGCCGAGGAGUCAGAGGCCGAGCUUACUACGUCAGGUGAUCGAUGGGAACAGAAGGAUGGACGGUGCGUACCCCGAAAGGCGCGUCUCAUCGAUCCGAGAGAAAGAGGUGCGCAAGAACGCGACGGACGUUAACAUCGCGGCCGGAACUGCGGUUCUAAUCAGCAACUCCGCGCCGGCCGCGGCGAUCAAACGGAUGAACGAGGAGAAACCGAUCAACGACGGCGACAUCGUCGACCGCAACGACGACGCGACCGCCCGCGGAAUUUCCUCCAUGGAACUGCAAACGUACAAAUCGCUGGUGCCGCUUCUACCCGCGGAGGAAGAUCACGUCGAAGAAACGCCGCCCGCGUCGAUCUUCGUGAUCGAGGCCGACGUGGUGAAUCACGCCUCGCCCGAUCGUCUCCUGGUCCUGGAGGAAUCUCGGGACAGAGUCGACGUAGCGGGCGGCUGACAGCAGUAAUUGCAAGAGAGAAAAGAACUGCUGGAACAUUCUUCCGACAAACGGAACUAGGAAAUUUACAUUUCUUCCCUCCCUCCCUCUCCCCAAAUCUCGGUGUGCCGAUUUUAUUAUUAAUUACUCGUCUCGAGCGUGCCAUAUAACUCACAUCGCGCGUAUUUUAACGUUAGUUAAAUGAAUUACGUUAAAAUGAAGCAACAGUCGUACUCCAUUUGAAGCUUCGAACAAAAAGAUAAAGCGACAAACGUAUCGUGGUCGUCCUACGUUCGUCUAACUCUCUUCUUUUUUUUUAUGUAUUGUAAAUAAAAAGUAGAUAAAAAUAGAUAUUGUGAGAAAUUAAUGAGAACACUUGAGGUGAAAGAACGUGUUCUCGAACGCUUGGCGAGGAUAAUACCCUAUCAAGUGCCGGAUUCAUGUAGAAUUGCCGAGUGAUAGGUAUAUAUAUCGAGGAGGGACAAUAUACUUAAUGUUGUACGACAGAACAGUGCACGUCGUGAUUGUGUGUGUCUACGUGUUCCCGUAGAAACAUUUGCACGAUGCUUGUGCAAUACUCUGCAUAUCAAUUGGCACAACUAGACCAUCGUCAUGUGCCAUUCCUUCUGUUUCCUCCAUACUCUUUACACGCGAUACUUGCUAAAUAUGUAUGCACGUUCUUGCGUAUAUAUUGGUAUUGUUAAAAUUACUCCUCUAAAAUUACUAAAAUGAUAUUUUAAUCAAUAAAAUUAUCGCGGUACAAACAAUUAUCAGUCGUGCCAUUACCGAAGAUCGUGCCCGUUCGGCAAAUUGCUCUCUAGAAAUGAUGAUAGAUAAAUAACCAAAUCACCGACCAAUCAUCCUCAGUGACCGAUUAAUUCUAAUCAAACUUUGAUUUAACUUUCGAUUUAACAGAAUAAUCGACUCAAAGUGCAAGAGAAAAUAAGAUUAAAUUAAAUUUUUAAUCAAUAGCAAAAUUCUCAGAAAGAAAUUUUCAGAAAAGAAUUUUUUGUGUCUAGUAUCAAACAGUUUAGGAAGAUUUCCUUUGUCGCACUGAUUAUUUAGGUUUUUAGAAAAUUUUUUUAACCAAUGGGAAAACAUUUGUCGAAAUUACUUUUUGUUUUUUUAAUUAUUGUUUGAAGAUUAAUUAUUUAUUUUUUUUUGUUACAAAAAAUAGUAGACAAUUGACAAUAAGAUCCAUUUGACGUCUGCAUAAUUUAUCGACGAUCAUGAUUUCCGAAUCUCCAGUGAACGCGGAAAUUAAAACAUUAGUUUAAUCAGAAUUUAAUUAUUUACGGCUAUCGUUAAACUAAAAUUUUUUAUUUUGUCAAAUAAAUAAACAAAGAGUUGUUUAAAAAUUUGUUUAAAAAAAAUAAUUUUUACACAAUUUUUUGUUUCUGAAGAAAUCAAGCUAUCCAGAUAUAAUUUAGCACAGGUGUUCUAAUUAAAAUAAUGUUUGAGUUAAUUUCCAUCCACUGGAAAAUCUGCAGAUUCAUAGUGCUAAGGUCAAAUAGAUCUAUUAAUAUUUAUUAUGUACUUUUUAUAACGAAUAAGUAAGAAUUCAAUUUUCAAACAAUAAUAAAUAAAGAAUAAGAAAUAAUUUUUAAAAAAUAUUAAACCCUUAAAAGAUUUCUAAAAACCUAAAAAAUCAACGCGACGAAGUAAAGAAGCUUAUACAUCUUUCGGAAAUAUAAGUAGUACAAUUUUAUCGAAUAGAAACUGCGAGAUCUUAUUAAAUUAAUAAAUAUGCGAAUAGAUGUUAAGAAGUUCGAUCAUUUUAAUAUUUCUUAUUCCCCCCUUCUCUCUCUUUCGCCUUUUUAUACUUAUUUAUUUUUAGCGAUGACUAUAUUCAAUGUCAACUACAUUAAAUUACUUGUGUCAUUUAUGAAUUCUAGAUUUUAUCAAGUCUUGGAUAUUUUGUUCAAGAAUUCUACGAAAUCUUGGAAACGACAUCAUAACAACGAUUAUUUUACGGAAGUAUAAAUUCGGCCGAAAAGGACAUGUAUAAUAAAGCAUGCGAGUUUCUAGCGUACGAUAAGCAUCCUAUGUAUCGUGGCAUUGUGCGAGCGAGUGAAAUUGAUGUCAUUAAAGCUUCGCACGUAUAAUCCGUAUGUGCAUUAAUUUCCUAA